AUGGCGUGCCUGAGCGUCGCGUCGCUCGCGCGACCCUUCUCUUCCCGCGUCUCGUCGGCCUCGUGCCGCGCGGCGGUCGUCGCCGGCGGGCAGCGCGCCUCCCUCCUGGGCGCCUCCCAGCCCAGGUGGGCGCUCGCGGCCACCUCUACCGCCCUCCGCAGGCGCGCCAACCGCGGGUUCCUCACCGUCGAGGCCAAGAAGAAGGGCUUCGCCGAGCUCCUCAGCGACAUCGUCCCCAAGGACGAGGAUUACAACGGCCGCCCUCGGCUGGAGAAGGGCAAGGUGAGCGCCAAGCAGCACGUGCCCAACUCCAUCCCGAAGCCCCCGUACGCGGAUACCGGCCACCUCCCGCCCAUGAACGAGGACCCGCAGAUCCACGACGCGGAGGGCGAGGAGAAGAUGCGCGCCGCGGGCCUGCUCGCCGCGCAGGUGCUCGACUACGCGGAGACGAUCAUCAAGCCCGGCAUCACCACCGACUUCGUCGACCAGAAGGUUCACAAGAUGAUAAUCGACGCCGGCGCUUACCCUUCGCCGCUGAACUACGGCGGGUUUCCCAAGAGCGUGUGCACGUCCCUGAACGAGUGCAUAUGCCACGGGAUCCCCGACACCACCGAGCUCAGGGAGGGCGACAUCAUCAACGUGGACGUCACCGUCUACCUCAACGGGUACCACGGCGACACCUCGCGGACCAUCUGCGUCGGGAAGGUGACCGACGAGGUGCAGCGCCUCGUGGACGUCACGGAGAAGUCCCUGGCGGAGGCGAUCAAGAUCUGCAAGCCCGGCACGCCCGUGCGCAAGAUCGGCGCCACCAUCCACGCCAUCGCGGACGAGGCGGGCUUUGGCGUCGUGGAGAAGUUCGUCGGGCACGGCGUGGGCAAGGAGUUCCACUCGGGUCCCACGGUGCGGCACCACAGGAACAACGACCCGGGUGUGCUGGUGAAGGGUCAGACGUUCACGAUCGAGCCGAUGCUCACGAUCGGGCGGACGGCGGACAGGAUGUGGAGGGACGGGUGGACUGCGGUCACCGCGGAUGGCAAGUGGACGGCGCAGUGCGAGCACACGCUGCUCAUCACCGACGACGGCGUCGAGAUCCUCACCGCGUCGCCCAUGAAGAAAACCGAGAGGUUUCCGGCGAAGGAGGCGACCGCCGCGUAA